AUGCCAUUUUACCACAAACCGAGAGAGUUUACACCGCUUUUGAUAGCGGCGCACAAGAAAUCUAUAAAGAAUGGUCUUCGGCACGCGAUUUUUACGUCGAGAGGUGAUCGUUAUGUCGGCGAUUGGAAGAACGAUCUAAAGGAAGGUAAAGGCAGAUUCUUGACUGUAGGCGGAAAGUUGUAUGAAGGCGACUGGUUCCAAGGUUGUCGACAUGGCUUCGGCCUGCUCAGCCAACGGCAGCCAAAUGGUACGUUCAAACUGGUAUACCGUGGCGACUGGGCUCGCGGCUACCCUGACGGCUCCGGCUGGAUGUAUUAUGAGGACGGAGCCACGUACAUGGGAUUCUUCAAGCGAGGAAUGAAGCACGGAUACGGGAAUAUGUGGUACGCAGACGGAACUUUCUACGGUGGUUACUAUCACAAAGAUAAGAGACAAGGGAUUGGGUUAUUUUUGCAAGCUGACGGGAAUAGAUACGAAGGGCACUUCGAAAACGAUCUUAAGAAUGGUUAUGGACGAUUCUACCACAUGCUGACCGGCCAGAUUCAGGAAGGUUGCUGGGAAAAAGAUAUCUGUGUAAUGUCUAAAAUGGCCGAUAUUCUGGUUCGACAAGCCUGCGUGAGACCUACGCCUUAUCCUAUACCAAAGGUUGAAUUGAAAUUCCCGAAGCACAUUCUCGAAUACAGCGAGUUUUGGAUGAAACAGAAGACGGGAGAAUUUGACAAAAACCUCAGAAAAUGCAUCGACCAAAUGUAA